CAUAAAAGAAACAUAAACAAAAAUUGAAGUAAACAGUAUGGUGGUGUGGUGAUCUUAGAUCUUCUUGUUGAGUAUUUAUUCGAACAUUAUUGAGUAACAUAAAAUAAAUUGAAAUUAGUAUCUAACAUCAUGACGCAUAACGAGGAAAGAGCACACUGGUUGAAAGAAGGAGCAAUAGGAUUAGGAGUUGGUGUAUUAUAUGGUGUAACCAGUGUGUGUGUUGGCCAUCCAUUUGAUACUGUCAAGACAAAGAUGCAGGCACAGUCCGGAUACGAGAGUGGGGGGAUGUACAAGACAUUCUCAAAGACAAUCCGAACACAGGGAAUCAUUGGCUUAUAUAGGGGUGCAAUACCCCCACUUUGGGGCUCAGGAAUCUACAGAUCCACACAAUUUGCAGUGUUUGAAGGAGUCUACACCUAUCUAGAUACACCAUGGGCCAAAAAAGAAAUCCCUUUAACUGCUGGAUUGCAGGUACGUGUAUGCAUAGCUGGAGCAUUCGGGUCAACGGCAAGAGCAAUUAUUGAAACUCCCUUGGAGUUGGCAAAGGUCCGAAGACAGACACAACAGACAUGGGAGUUUAGAGGUCUUUAUAAAGGGUUUGGUGUAAUGUGGUGUCGUACAAUGGGGUUGAUGUGUACUUACUUUAUACUGAUUGAUUCUGGACGGCGACACUUUGGUGACCUGUUCAAGAGACCAAUCCUUGGACCAUUCCUGGCUUCUGGAUGUGCUGCAACAUUUGCCUGGUGGCUUGUUUGGCCCUUAGAAUAUAUGAAGAACCAAGUGCAAGGGAAUUACGGAAAGUGA